AUGAGUGCGGGCCCCGGCUGUGAGCCCUGCACGAAGCGGCCCCGCUGGGGUGCCGCUGGAACUUCUGCGCCGACUGCCUCGGACUCCCGGAGCUUCCCUGGCAGGCAGAAGCGCGUUCUCGACCCUAAGGACGCUCCCGUACAGUUCAGGGUCCCACCGUCCUCGUCAGCCUGCGUCUCGGGGCGGGCGGGACCGCACAGAGGCAGCGUCACCUCGUUUGUUUUCAAACAAAAGCCUAUUACCACUUGGAUGGAUACUAAAGGACCCAAGACAGCUGAAUCAGAAAGUAAAGAAAACAACAAUACCAGGACUGACCCCAUGAUGAGUUCUGUGCAGAAAGAUAACUUUUACCCACAUAAGGUAGAGAAAUUGGGAAAUGUUCCUCAACUAAAUCUUGAUAAAUCACCCACUGAGAAGAGCACGCCGUAUUUGAACCAACAGCAGACUGCAGGCGUGUGCAAGUGGCACAGUGCAGGGGAGCGUGCAGAGCAGCUCUCGGCCAGCGAGCCUUCAGCAGUGACUCAGGCACCAAAGCAGCUUAGUAAUGCGAACAUUGAUCAGUCACCCCCAACUGAUGGCCACAGUGACACCGAUCAUGAGGAAGACAGAGACAAUCAACAGUUCCUUACGCCCGUGAAGCUUGCAAAUGCAAAGCAAACAGUAGGGGAUGGGCAAGCCAGGAGCAACUGUAAGUGCAGUGCGUCUUGUCAGUGUGGGCAAGACUGUGCAGGCUGUCAGCGGGAGGAGGCCGAUGUCAUACCAGAGAGUCCUUUGUCAGAUGUUGGCGCUGAGGACAUUGGAACUGGAUCAAAAAAUGACAACAAGUUGACUGGACAAGAAAGUGGCCUCGGUGAUUCACCUCCGUUUGAGAAAGAAAGUGAGCCUGAGUCACCAAUGGAUGUAGACAACUCGAAAACCAGUUGUCAAGAUUCAGAAGCAGAUGAAGAAGCAAGUCCAGUCUUUGAUGAGCAAGACGACCAAGACGACCGCUCUUCCCAGACAGCAAAUAAACUUUCAAGUCGCCAAGCAAGAGAAGUUGACGGCGAUCUUAGGAAACGCUAUUUGACUAAGGGAAGUGAAAUUAGAUUGCAUUUCCAGUUUGAAGGAGGGAGUAAUGCUGGGACCAGUGAUUUAAAUGCCAAGCCAUCUGGAAACUCUUCUAGCCUUAAUGUAGACGGUAGAAGUUCCAAGCAGCAUGGAAAAAGGGAUUCUAAAAUUACAGAUCAUUUUGUGAGAAUUCCCAAGUCAGAGGACAAAAGAAAAGAACAAUGUGAAGUCAGACAUCAAAGAGCAGAAAGGAAGAUCCCUAAAUACGUUCCACCUAACCUUCCUCCAGAUAAGAAGUGGUUGGGAACUCCUAUUGAGGAAAUGAGAAAAAUGCCUCGGUGUGGGGUCCGCCUGCCUCUCUUAAGACCGUCUGCAAGCCACACAGUAACUGUCCGGGUAGACCUUCUGAGAGCAGGAGAGGUUCCAAAACCGUUUCCAACACAUUACAAAGAUUUGUGGGAUAAUAAGCACGUUAAAAUGCCUUGUUCAGAACAAAACUUGUACCCUGUGGAAGAUGAGAAUGGUGAGCGAACUGCAGGGAGUAGGUGGGAGCUCAUUCAGACCGCACUCCUCAACAAAUUCACGCGACCCCAGAACCUGAAGGAUGCUAUUCUGAAGUACAAUGUGGCAUAUUCUAAGAAAUGGGACUUUACAGCUUUGGUUGAUUUCUGGGAUAAGUGCUGAGAAAAGUGAUGAAUGGAGAACACUGGUUAGCACUGAGAAUGGUGUCACUGGUGCUGUAAACCAGACUGCGUGGUUCAGAGGCCUUCGGAGUCAUCCUUUGUAGAAGAAGUGAAAACAGGUUUGAAGCGGUGGGCAAGAGAAGCCUUCACGUGCUGUGAGAACGGCUCUAAUGGAGCAGUAGUCGUAGUGCAAAGACCUCAGUGCUGGUAGAAGUGCAGACUGGAAAAGCUUGUAAUGGGGUGGCAGGGAAAGCAGGGGGCCUGGCCUAGAGAAGCUGUUUGUUAGAUUCGGGCAAAGCAUAUGACCACUUUCUGUUGUGCCCUGAAAACUAAGUGAUGCAAUUCAAAGGAAUGGGUAAGGAAAUCUCAGGCAUAGCAUUCAGGCCGUGGUGUAGUUGUUAUUGCUCAAUGUUUUUAGUGAGGGUGUAAUGAAAAUUUAAAGCAAAAUAUGCAGCAGAGAGAUGUGAAAUAUGUAGGAAAAGAGUGACUUGGGUUAAAGUUGUAAUGUAAAGGGGGGUAAUGUUAAAGAGUCUAUAUUAUUUAAGUUUUAGUAUAAUUAAGGAUGAUUCAUACUGGGACAAUAGAAAAGGUGCCUUGAGGGGAAGACCCCAGCUGCUGAUGCUUCAGCUUGUUUAAAUGCAAAUUCAUUUCAAAGGAAAAUUCCUGAACAAAGAGAACGUUCUGGCUGUCCUGCUUGAGCAGGACUCCCUAGGGCCAUAUUUUCUUAGGUCCCCAGAGGGAAGUCUUCAGAUACUACUGCUGCUUCUGGUAGAAAAGGGGCCAGGCUACUUCUUAGCUGGUAGCACAACUUAGUGUGUUGUACAUGGAGCUACUUUUACAGGCAUGCAGGAUGCAGAAACUAGACUGUGGAGCAACGAUCCACGAAGGACCCAGAAGACCUGUUGAGCCAACAGCAGGUCGCAGUCAUAGUUUCUGUUUGGAGGUCCUGAACAGCCUGUGUGUAAAGCUGUGAAGCAAAGCCCAGGCUGUAGUAGAGCUGAGUUGUAGAUGCCAGAGAUGAGGGGGCAUCCACUUAGAAAAGCUGUCGGCACUGAGUGUUUCCAGAGGUGUCAGAGUCAGCGCCUGGGCCCUGGUAGCGCUGACAGCCCAGACACGGCCACCCAUCUUCAGUAGGCUACUAGUAAAAAGCAAAGAAAGGAGGUAUAUUCAGCAAAGCCACAUCAGGAAGAGAAACUGAUAGAAGUCCAGUGACUUUUUGUCCCUUAAGUACAUCUUCAGAGGCCUGAUAUGAGGUUUUGGUUUAAGUAGAGGUCAAGCAAUCCGGCUUGAGGAGUGGUGCCAUCAUCACUGACCCAUCAUUCUGUUGGCUCAGGUAGCUCUUGAAAGGUAGUCAGUCCCUCAAGUCAGAACUGUGGGAUCUGGCUAACAAGUUCUUCCCAGACGACACUGGGCUUCAACUUUUUUCUUUCCCCUACUAUGAGAGUCUUUGGAAAGGUCCAAAUUCCUUGCAGAUUAUUAUUUCAAUAGUUUCAUAGCCAAAGGAAUGGUCGAGGCAUAGCUGUCUCUUUAGAAUAUGUUCAUUAUUCUGCCCUAGAGGCAUUACAAGUGGAAUACCCCAGCAGAGAAGCCAUAUAUGUAUGCUACAGGUGUCAGAGCUAGAGGGGCAUGAGGCACAGGUAAUGUCAGUAUGAAUCCCAGGUCCCGGAUGUGAGCUCAAGGGUCUGGCGUUUGCCCUCUCAGGUGUUCGUCUUCCGUUGUCGUGACGGGAUUGUUUAUUCUGUGUCGUUGUGUGUUGGAAAUGUGUAGCUUCCUUGGAUUUGCAGGAGCUUACAGUGAGGAGGUUGCCUUCACUUUUCAGAAGAGACUUCGAGUUUGGAGUUUUGAAUAAUGUUGAAACUGAAAGACUGUGGGGAACUUUGAAGUUGAACUAAAUACGUUUUGCAUUAUGAGCUGGCCAUGAGCUUAUGGGGACCAAGGGCAGAAUACUGUAUUUAAAUGUGGAAUUCUCCACAGGCUCAAGUGUUUAGCACCCGUAUCCCCAGCUUGUGGCUGUGUGGGGAGGGGUGUGGAAGCUGUUUGCGAUUGGGCCGAGCUAGCACACGUAGGGCCAUGAAGGUACGCCUGAGCCUUUGUCUUUCCCAGUCUCACAUCCCCAGUGUCCCAGCCAUCGAUCGGCUGCUCCAUGUUACCUAUACGAUGGACUUGAUCUUCUCAAACUAUAUGCCGAAAUAAACCCAUUUUCUCUUGUGUUUCUUGUCCCAGUUCUAAGAAAAGCAACUAAUGUAAAGAUUAUAUGAAUUUUGAAGACAUAGAUAAUAACGCCAGUUUCUGUUCCCAGAAGGCAGUUCUGGAUUCUAGUUCUCGGCACAGCAUGCGAGAAGCCUCCUCACCAUGCCUUUCUGGGGGUAUUUAUUGUCACAGUAUGAAUGCGUAUAUAACCAUUCUAUACAAUAUCUUUAGGGAAGGGCAGAAUGUGUUUCUUGAGUUGCUUCCUGACACACAGCACCUAAAGGUUUUUGAUAUAUUACUAAGAAAAGUAAAUUAUAGGUAGGACAGAGAUUUAUCAGAGAUAAUGAUACAGUAUAAUAUGAGACUUCUGAUUUAAGUGACCUGAGUUCUCAGACUCUGAAUACUUUUAAUGAUGGGAUUUAUAAUUAGAUUAUGAGAUUUACAACUUGCCUUUAAAAGUUUGAAAUUUUUCUAUGUACAUAUCAUAUACAUCCUACAAUUUUCAUAGAUGUAAAGAAAUUCUUCAGUUGCUUUCAAGGAUAGAAGUAAAAGAAACUUAUACUAUUUAUUGAAGACCUUUCUAUGUAAAAAGGAAUCACUGUUUAUUGAUCCCCUACUUUUUUGAAAUUUAAAUAGAAAUUGGAUAAAUUUAGAGAGGAAACUAGGUUUUGAGAUAUGUACUUGAAAUGGACAAGUCUGUUUGAAUUAGGUGAAUAGUAACUAUUUACUGGAUAUAGGAAAGAUUAUUAGAGUCCAAAGCGUGUCUACUUCUGUUGUGAGGAUGUUUAUGCCCUAAACUUUCGUAUGUAAUGCAUUGUAGUAUACAAGGUAAAGAACUGAUUGUCAGUUUUAUCAUUAGAGAGGGACAUUGAACGUCCAUAGAUGAAUGUAGUAAUUAGGCAGCAUAGCAGACGAAAUGGUCUAUAGGGCCCAGUAUGCCAUGGGAGGACAGAAGAAUUGAUUUCGGGGUCAUUGGGCAAACAUAUAGAUGACGUAGCCCUUGGUUAGUUGGGAGUGUAAAGGAAACAGACACAUGUGCUGUUGAAUAACCAAGUGAUUGUGUGCUGUAGUCUUUGCCUAUGUGAAGGGCCUUCCUAUUGGAUACUUAUGCAUUUACAUUUCACAUGUUAUCCCCUUUCCCGUUCCCCCCUCUCCCUUCCCCUGUCCCCCUGCUUCUAUGAGGAUGUUCCCCCUCCCUCCCACCUCAACACCCUGCAUUCCCCUACACUGGGGAAAAGAGCCUUCACGGGACCAAGGGCUUCUCCUUCUACUGAUGCCAGUCAAAGCCAUCCUCUGCCACAUAUGCAGCUGGAGCCAUGGGUCCCCCCAUGUGUACUCUUUGGUUGGUGGUUUAAUCCCUGGGAGCUCAGAUGGUCUGGUUGGUUGAUAUUGUUCUUCCUAUGGGGUUUUAAACCCCUUCAGCUCCUUUAGUCCUUUCUCUAACUCCUCCAUUGAGGUCCCUGUGCUCAGUCCAAUGGUUGGCUGCAAGCAUCCUCAUCUGUAUCAGUGAGGCUCUGGCAGAGCCUCUCAGGAGACAUCCAUAUCAGGCUCCUGUCAGCAAAGCACUUCUUGGCAUCAGCAAUAGUGACUGGGUUUGGUGGCUGCAUAUGGGAUGGAUCCCCAGGUGGGAGUCUCUUGAUAACCUUUCCUUCAGUCUCUGCUCCAUUCAUUGUCCCUGUAUUACCUCCUGUGAGUAUUUUAUUUCUCCUUCUAAGAAGAACUGAUGCACCCCUAGUUUGGUCUUCUUGAGCUUCACAUGGUCUGUGGAUUGUAUCAUGGGUAUUCCAAGCUUUUGGGCUAAUCCACUUAUCAGUGAAUUCAUACCAUGUGUGUUCUUUUGUAAUUGGGUUACUUCACUCAGGAUGAUAUUUUCUAGUUUCAUCCAUUUUCCUAAGAAUUUCAUGAAGUCAUUGUUUUUAAUAACUGAGUAGUAGUACUCCAUUGUGUAGAUGUACCACAUUUUCUGUAUCCAUUCCUAUGUUGAAGGGCAUCUGGGUUCUUUCCAGCUUCUGGCUAUUAUAAAUAAGGCUGCUAUGAACAUAGUGGAGCAUGUGUCCUUGUUAUUUGUUGGAGCAUCUUUUGGGUAUCUGCCUAGGAGUGGUAUAGCUGGGUCCUCAGGUAGUACAAUGUCCAGUUUUCUGAGGAACCUCCAGAUUUCCAGAGUAGUUGUAGCAGCUGGGAAUCCCACCAGCAAUGGAGAAGUGUUCCUCUUUUUCCACAUCCAGGCCAGCAUCUGCUGUUACCUGAGUUUUUGAUCUUAGCCAUUCUGACUGGUGUGAGGUGGAAUCUCAGGGUUGUUUUGAUUUUCAUUUCCCUGAUGACAUUUUUUUAGGUGCUUCUCGGCCAUUCGAUAUUCCUCAGCUGAGAAUUCUUUGUUUAGCUCUGUACCCAAUUUUUCAUUAGGAUUAUUUGGUUCUCUGGAGUCUAACUUCUUGUGUUCUUUGUAUAUAUUAAGUAUUAUUGGAUGUAGGAUUGGUAAAGAUCUUUUCCCAAUCUGUUGGUUGCUGUUUUGUCCUAUUGACAGUAUCCUUUGCCGUACAGUUUUAUGAUUUGUUAUUCAUGGUCUUUCUUUAAAUCACAUAAAGACAAAGCCUCUUAGAACAGCUUGGUUCUUGGGAGAAUAGCACUUUCACUUUGGAUGGCGGCAUCUCAUGGGGUCCUGGAUUGAAUACAAGAGAGAAGACAGACUAAGCAGCAACAUCCAUCAUUCUCUGUGUUUUUACUGUGGCUGCAGGACAGCCAUGUGUCAGACUGUUGCCCUGAUUUGCUUCUUCAUCAUGAUGGACAACUGAACUGUGAGCCGAAGUAAGCUCUUCUCCCUUAAGUUGCUUUUGUACGGUAUUUGUUACAACAACAAGACAGGUAAAAGAGGAAAUGGUACAGAUAUAUGGGAGCUGUUGCUGUGAUAACCUGGACAGUGUGGAUCUUGGACCAUUGGACCUGAUUUGCAGGAGAAAUGAGAAAGAGUUUGGAACUUUGGCUGGAAAAGCCCUUGACUACUGUAAGCAGACCUCUGGUCAUUCUCUUGGCAGCUUUGGAGACAAGAGCAUUGUGAAAAGUGUGGGUGUGGCUCAUAAAGUUUCAGCAGGAAACAAAGAAUAUUCUAGGUGGGUUAGAGAACAGUGGGUGGUGUCAGAUGAGUCUGGCCAUGUUCUUCCUGAAUCCUGAGAGGUGGGGUGAGGCUGAAUUUGUUUGGCAAAGAAAAUUUGAAGACAGGAUAGACUUCAGGUUAGUCUUAGCCAGGUCUCUGAGAGAGUAAAAAGUAGUUCAGAAAGAUAAGAAAAGUACAAAGUUUGGCCAGUAAAGGAAGUUUAACUUUUGGACAAGGAGAGUACAGCUGAAGAUGAUCUGUAAUUGUUAAGAAGAUAAGCUUCUUUAAAGAGGACCCUGGGACAGGAAAUGUGUCCCAGGGACAAGACUUUACCCACCAAAGGCUCUAACAUGAUAAAUGCAAAUCCAUUGUCUCUGAAGUUACUGGAUUUAAAAACAAAACAAAACAAAAUAACAACAAAACCCCAAAAAAACAACUAGGGAAGUAUUAAUUACCCCAGAGUCAGCACACAGAAGUUAAUGCAGCAGUGUUCCAAUGGCCAGGCUUCCUCGUAAGAUAACAGCAGAACUUGGCAGCCAUUGUCUUCUCAGUACUAGUUUUCUAAGCAUGAAAUAUGUAAGAUUUGGGUAAGAAGAGCAGAGGUUCGUGGAGUUCUUCUGGGCCACAGUUCCAGAGAACUUCUGAGGCCAGGCAAUGAGUGGCAAGGUAGGAGGAGUUUUCAUUUUUUUUUUUUUUUUUUGGUUCUUUUUUUUUUCGGAGCUGGGGACCGAACCCAGGGCCUUGUGCUUCCUAGGCAAGCGCUCUACCACUGAGCUAAAUCCCCAACCCGGAGGAGUUUUCUAGAAGCCAGAAGAGGCAUGGAAUUCCCCUGGAACUGGAGUUGGAGAGGAUUGUGGGUGCUAGGAAAUAAGAAUAGGUUCUCUGUAAAAGCAGCAAGAACCCUUAACCCUGGGACAGGAGGGAGAUAAGUCUCUUCAGCCUUUUCCUAAGGCUCUUAUAUAUAUUUGUGCAUAUGCUUACAUACAUUACCCAGUUUUCAUGUGUUUCAUUUUUGAAACAGGGUCUCACUGUGUACUUUGGCUACCCUAGAACUCACUACAUAGACCAGGCUGGCCUCCAACUCGCAGAGAUCCACCUGUCUCUGCCUGAGUGCUGAGAUUAAAGACCUGUGCCACUACACCAGGCUUUACAUUACCCAUUUUACAUUAAAGUUUGCAAAUGGUAUGAGUAAUGGACUCAGCUUUAUUAUACUCUAAAUAAAAGAUAUUUACUGUGCUAUAUGUGCAUGCAGGGACAUUUCUACAGACACGUAAAAUGAGGAGGUUAGAGAAUGACUGUUCACAGUCAGUUCUCUUCCACCAUGUGAGUUCCAGGAAUGGAGCCCAGUCAUUAAGCUUUUGAAAACUUCCUUUAUCUGCUAAGCUGUCUUGCUAGCUGUCAGUUUAGUUUCUAUGUGAACAUCAAUUUCUAGUUAAUUUUCAUGUAUUUAUUGUAAGAAGUAGGGGUCCAGUUUCACUGUUUUGAUUGUGGCCGGUCACUUGUCCAAACACCAUUUGUUAGAAACAUGUUCUCUAUUUGGCUUGGUGCUCUUCUGAAAACCUCAGGUCCUGUACUGUAGAAGUUUAGCCUAGGUUUGGUUAUCCUACCUUUGUAGUGAGACAGGAAGUGUGUGUCUUCUAAAUUGGUUCUUUCUGCUGUUUAUUUAGAUCGAUGGAUCUUUUGCAUUUGAAUAGGAAUUUUAGGAUUAGUUUGUUAAUUUAUACAAAAAGCAAGGUUCCGGGGCAUCUUUUAUAAUGAUGUUUGAAUCCAAAUUAAUUGUGCAUUUUGAGUUAGUACCAGUAAUUUCAGGGUUACUUUAUUGAGCUUUUGACCCUUGACAGCCAUAAAGUAAUAGAUUCCUUAUCUAUCCCUCUGACAGGAAAUUGGAUAUCUUGGUAUCCUUGAAUCUUAAUGAGUCUGCUUUUUUAAAGAGAUUUAAUUUCUGAUGCAUUGAAAGAUUAAUCAAAUUGAUAGAAUAUUUUCUUUGUCACUUAAGUUACUGAAAGUUCCGUUUGUAUUUUUCUUGUAAUUUUCUUGGCUUUAGAUUUAGUGGUUCACGUCCUUAAACUGAUAUUAAAUUUGAUACCUUGAGAUGGCAGUAAAACAUCCCUUUGGUGCCUUUUUGACCUUGCUGGGUACUAAUUAUUUAUUUCAUCCUUUGGUUCUUUUUCUCCUUUCCUCUCUAAUAAGAAUGCUCAGCUAGGACUUCCCACUUUCUCUGGAGACCUUGCCCCUAGCGUGCACAAAAGGGUCAGGAUGAUAUAUAUAUAUAUAUAUAUGGCAAGUUUGUGUAGAUUUAGUGUAGAUCGUAAAUAUAAGGUGAUUACCUAGGUGCAGAUGAUGGUUUUAUAGUUCUUUAGGGAAAGGAUUAAUUUCUGUUUUUAUUUACCUUAUCAACAUGCAGAGGGUUAAAGGAACUUAAAACCAGAUCAAAUACUUAACUGUCUUACUGCAUUCUUCAAGUCUUUGCCUGUGUGUAUAAUGUUUCAAAUAUUUAUAUUUGUCUGAUAUAGUUAUGUGUCUAUCUAAAUUACAUUUAGAAUGUCUUAUUGUAUAUUACAAAUUUUAUUAUAGCUAUAUAGUUUUUAGUAUUAGUGACUAUACAGUAGUGCAUCCAAUUGAUAUUUUCUAAGCCAGUACAGUGUCACAGAUUUGAGAAUAUCUGUACAAAGCAUAUCUAGAGACUUAGGAUUUUGUUUUGUUUUUUUGUUUUGUUUUGUUUUGUUUUGUUCUGAUAGAAUAGCUAUUCUAUCAUUGUUCUUAUGGUUAACCAGUUAAUUUAGAUGUUUAAUAAGUGUGUGUUUUCUUAUCUGUCACAUCUUGGGAGAAUAAUAUAGACCUUUGUCCCACAGGGACAGUGCUGCCCAGGCCCUCAGUAGUUAGUGAGAAGUGCGUGUCAGACAUUAUCGGUGGUGGUAAUGGAAAAGGAGUGCUUUUCUGCAAGGGGAAUAAUGUUUGGCUAGGUUUGAAAUUAUAAGUGAGUUAUGUUUGUUUUGUAGUUUUUCUGUUAACCUGUAUUUACAUUCUGGAGUAGGGAUGCUUUUCAAUCUGAAGAAUUGAUUUUUGAUUUUUUGAUUUUUUAAAAUUUAUUUUUUAACUGAUAAGAAUUAAGAACUUUGGGGCUGGAGGGAUGUCUCAGCUGUUAAGAGCACUGGCUGCUCUUCCAGAGGUCCUGAGUCAGUUCCCAGCAACCACAUGGCGGCUCACAACCAUCUGUAAUGGGGUCUGAUGCCCUCUUCUGGUGUGUCUGAAGACAGCUACAGUGUAUUCAUAUAUAUAAAAUAAAUAAAUCUUUAAAAAAGAAAAGAAUUAAGACUCUUAAAAACUGUAUUUAUAGACACUAAUGCGACAUUGUAAUACAUGCUUAUUCUGUAAAAUAUUUAAAUCAAGUUAAUGAUUUAACUUGUAAUGAUUUCCUAAAGCAUUUAUCAUUUCUUUAUAGAGAAAACAGUGACUAUCCUUACUUACAAGUUUUUGAACAUUAUGUUAUCUUUGGUCACCUGUAAUGCUGAGUGCCAUGUCACUAAAGAGGACUAUCCAGUGAAAUGUAGCACUGUAUUAACAUUGAUAAUAAAGCAUGAUUCUUUGUUACUGUUAGUAUCUGCAGACCUCUGUCUUUGUAACUCCCAGGGCCAUAGUUCCGGUCCUGACACAUGAGCAUCUGUGUUGGAGUGGAAGCAAAGUAUUGCUGAAGCCAUCAUUAUUUUGUCAAGAGCCAGCAAAAAAAUCCCAGACAUCAAUCUAUUAAUUUGUAAUUUAUAGUUAUUAUAUUAGGCACCCCCUGUUGAAAUUGCAGUUACUUAGUGGUUUUGAAUCUUCAGGCUGGUGUUGGUCUUCCUUGCUGCCAGCUGUUAGAAGUGUGGGGAACAAAUCAUGUCUUUUAUGGUCCUCCUGUGUGGCGUUCCACAAAAUUAAAUCCAAGCACUUCCAUCAUUUAUAUUCCAAAUGGAUCAAUAUUCUUACUCUUGGCAUUUUUCACUGGAGAUCUUAAUGAAAUGCCCUGUGUUAGUGAAGGCUCUCACUUUAAUGCAUUACAGAAGAGCUUUAAACGCUCCUUCUUUUAGCACCUGUGGCAUUAUUUCACUUCACUCUUAAUGAGGAGCUUGAGUUCAUGUUGCACGUUAAAGCCCGAGACUGAGGAGGAGCCUGGGUUUUAUGUCUGAGGAGUCCCUUCUGCUUUCGGGGAGUAGAUGGUGGCUGUGAAGUGGAAUUAUUCAGUGACUCCAUACACAUACCUUUUUAAUUUAAAUAUUUCAUACACUAUAUUUUAAUCAUGGUUUUCCUCCCUUCAGCUCCUCCCACAUCCUUACUACUACUUAUCCAACUUGAUGCUCUUUCUCUUUUUCUCAAAAACACAAAAAUCAAAACAUACAAGGAAGAAGCUAACAAUAACAAUAACAAUAACAAUAACAAAAAACAUGCCAAAAUGGAACAGAGGCUUUAAUGAGAGAUACUGUGGGCUUGUUUUGAUACACAUACAGUUUAUGAGUAUAUAUUUGAGAAAGAGCCUAAAGUUGGUUUAUGUGACAAACUUUUUUUUCAGUAACUGGGCUAGCUGUAAAAAGUAAUACUAAAGAUUUAGUAAGUAGUUUUAUUUUCCAUUCCACCUUUCAUUUUAUACUUGAGAUAAGAAGAUGUAUACAUUUUAUUUUUCUCAUUUCUUCACUUUGUUGAUUUUUUUUUUUAUAAAGUUCAUAAGCAACAGAUGCCGUUUUUUGGAGACAGGGGUAGAGCAGUAGGAGCGCAGAUAAGGAAAGAGUGAGAAACUUUAAAGCAAACCUACAUUGUUUGCUGUGCAGUGUAGACUUGCGAUGCACUCUCUCUCGGAAACUAUGGUUUCCUCUGGUAAAUAUAGCAAAGCCUGUACCUCAGUUGAACAUACAAAAUUAUCUUUAUUGCAGGCUAGAAACUGUAUGUAUGUGGGGGACUGCAGAGAUAGCUCAGCAGUUGAGAGCAUUUGUUACUCUUCGAGAACACUGGAUUUCUGUUGCCAGCGGUUCACAGCUGCCUGUCACUGUAGGUUCAGCAGACUCUGACACCGUUCUCUGGCCUGUGGGUACCUACAUGCAUGUACAUGCACACACAGACAAAUACAUAAAUAUAGAUUAAAACAUUUAGGGCUGGAGAGAUGGCUCAGAGGUUAAGAGCACUGUCUGCUCUUCCAGAGGUUAUGAGUUCAAUUCCCAGCAACCACAUGGUGGCUCACAACCAUCUGUAAUGAGGUCUGGUGCCCUCUUCUGGCCUGCACAUGUACAUGCAGGUGGAACGCUGUGUACAUAAUAAAUAAAUCUUAAAAAAAAAAAACAUUUAAAAAAGGGAAAAGAAUCUGUGCAGUUUUUGCUUUUGUUAUAAUUCUAAAAAUACCAAACGUGUUUGUUGCACAGUUGGCUGUUGUCCUGUGAGUUGUUGGGGAAGGGCUAUUACAGACUCUUCCCUGUCAGAAAGACUGUAAACCUCUCUUACUUAGUUGCUGCUUACUUUAAACAGUAGAUAGGGUUAUACUUAUGCAGAUUGAUGGAAUACAUUGUAUGGCUAGCUUAUCCUUUUGUUCUGAGUUUUAAAAUUUAAAUUUGAAGCUUGUAAAGCAGGCCCACACAAUGUGUUGUCUCCUGAGUUGAAGUGUGUGUUGUUAUGCUUACACCUCAGUAAGACUUUUAAAGGUUUGUGAUUACGAGAUGCUCACAGUUAUGAUGGACCAGCAAGGUCUGCCGACACCCAGAAAAGCAGCAUAGCUGGUAGUAAAGGAGGUUAACAAAGUUCUCACAUGGGAAAAUUAAUGUCCUUAAGUUUUUCGGUUAUUGAUUCUUCAUGAAUUCAUAUCACACACUCCAAUCUACACUUCUUUUACUUGCAAAUGAGUCAUUGAUCUGGUUUGAGGCCUCUGGCUUGUGCUAUAAUGUUUAUACUGAAUCCUCACUGGGACUCCUCUCUGAUAUCCUGUUGCUGUCCUCUGUCUUGGGGAUUCUAUAGCUUUGGAUCUGCAGGACCCGUGCCUUCUUGUACUUUAGCAGUUCAUACAUGGAGUAGGUGUUGGGGCCAGCUCAAAGGCCCUAGAUCUGGGCCUGGGGGCUAGCUGGGUUUGUCAGCCCUCCGUCUCUCUUAUCACAUGCACACCACCAGGGCCAGCUCUCCAGCACUGCCCCUGCUAACUUACCCAAUGCCGAAGCUGGCAAGGUAAGGGCCCAGCUCUUCUACUCUCAUGCCCUUGGCGUUAAGCUCACCCGUGCUCAUGCUACCAUAGCCAGCUGUACUGGGCUGCCUAGGUUGGUUGCAGGGCCCAGCUCUCCUGAGUGCUGCGGCCUGGGCAGGCAGGGCCAACCCAGCUGAGCUCUUGCCAUCAGGGUCAGCUCACAGUCCCCCUCUCCCCAUUCAGCUCUGCACAGGGGAGGUGUGGUUUCCACUCUCCGAAGUGCUGCAGCUGGUGAGGGGAAGGACCAACUAUUGUAGAUGGGACCAGUUCUGCACAGUCAGUGCACAUCAACAUGGUCCCAGGCAGUAGCCCAGACCAGGAACGUUCACAUGGCCUUUGGCGGUAACAUGGGCCACAGACAUUGACACCAACCGCUGCUGCUGCAUGGCCACUGAUCCAGACCUCCUUUAGUGACAGCAUGGGCCAGGGCUUCACCAUGGCCUUAGGUGGAGGGGCCUCAGGUGGAGGGGCCUCAGGUGGAGGGGCCUCAGGUGGAGGGGCCUCAGGUGGAGGGACUCAGGUGGAGGGGCCUCAGGUGGAGGGGCCUCCGGUGGAGGGACUCAGGUGGAGGGGCCCUCAGGUAGAGGGACUCAGGUGGAGGGGCUCAGGUGGAGGGGCCUCAGGUGGAGGGGCUCAGGUGGAGGGGCAGGUUGUUCCUCUCCAUUCUGUGUCUCCAGUUCCACCUUUCUUCACAGUGCUCACAUCAUUCAGCUUCUCUCUCCCGUCUCUCCACCAUAUACUUCCUCACUGUAGUGAUUCCUGCUGUGAGUGGGCCAGGUGGCAGGUGGGCCUCUUAGUGUCAUCCACUGGCCUUAAGUUUUAACACCUGAACCAUGUGCUAUGCUUAGAGAAAACUUGGCAUAAAUCAGUCAUCAUUAAACAGCCUAGAAGUCAGUAGUGAGAGCAUAUGUGUUACUGGAGCGUCAGUGUGCUUAGGCAUCGCAGGGCUAGAUUCCAUAAUAGAGCAUGCUGUUGUGGGUAGGUCGACUCAUGAUGGUAACUAUCAUGACACAUGUGACCACAGAGCCAUGGUAAAUGCCUAGAAACUUUUGUGUAUUGAAGAUACUUGCCCUGCCUCCUGGAUGAUUCUCUGUUAACAUUUUACCGAAUGCUAGUAUCCUUUAAAAUAGUUUGAAAUAAACUAAACUAAGGCAGGUAGUUAUGGUGACCACCAUUUCAAACCCAAACAGACUUCUGUAUCCAAUAAUCAGGAAGUAUGCUGGCUUUCUCCAUUGUAGCCCUUUGGUAUUGUGGGUUUUCCUUUUAUUCCUCCUCCCCUUCUCCUCUUCCUCUUCCUUUUUGGUACUAUAGAAAUGUUCUUUUGCUAAUGAACACAUACUUUGUAGCUUCUGAUUUAGAAUUAUUAAUAGAUAAUCUGUUUUCUCGGUCUGACUUGAACACUUAGAAACUGUAAAUGUCCUUGCUCUAUUUGACAUGAAGAGCCUGGAGGAAAUCCCUAAUCAAAUGAGAGCAGCCUUGGCUGUCUCAUAAGGCUGCAGCUGAUGUCUUUACCUCUGUAGCUUUCAAGCCUCUGACUUGGAGUGCAGUAGAAGUAGCCUUUUUGGACUUCUUCCCUUGGUGACUCAGAGUCUCUGGAAUCAAUAAGGUCUGCAUUACUUUACAGCACAAGCUAAUUUAAUUCAUGAGCACUGUAGAAGCCAAAAGGCAUCUAAUCAGAGUCACUAAAAUAUUAAAGCAGAUAAAUUAUAACUCUUAGGUUUACAUGGACUGUGUCAUGUUCCAUCAUCACUUCUACACUGGCUUCAUGUGCAUUUCCUGUAUUGGGAGUGUGGGUGUAAGAUCUGUAUUCAUGGUUCUUCCAAAUGUAGUUCAUAUCCCUCCCAUAGGAUACAUCGAUACAAUUGGAAUGUGGCACUUGGCUUUGAAAGUCAGAAGCUCAUUCUUAGGGGAGUUCUCCAUGUUUGUCAUUGAUGAAGUUAGUUAUCUUGUGACUGAAAAGUACUAGAUUGUAUUUAUCACUUGGCACACAGCAUGUCAGAUAUAAUGAUACUCAAAAGUGGAGAUCGAUUCAGUAGGGUUUCUUCUGUAUUCUAAUAACGAAAUUAAUCUAGUAUACUCAUGUCUUCUAGCUGGCAUCUUUUCAUUUUUUUAUUUGAAUUAAAUAGUAAGUAGCCAUUCCUUUUAAAUACAGCUUUGGUAUUGACAUCAUUAUCCAGACGCCUACUCUGUUGUUAGAAGGGUGAAGAUUCUGUGCUUUAAUCUCACUCUAGACUUACAUCUCUCAUUAUGAUCGAGCCUACUUUUUCUUUUUUUAGAUUUUGGCAUUUUAUGUACCCAUUUUGAUGUGAGGCCUUAAUUCCUAUUAAAUUAACUUGCAUUUAAUACUGUGUGUUGCAACCCAUUGAGACUCAGUCUUAUGCAUUCCCUUUUUAAGUGGAAUGCUGUGGUUUCCGGCCUAGUUUGCCGUUGAUUUCCUUUGAUUAUAAGAAGACUACUAUGAAAUGACAUUUUUUAAAGCAAGAACCAUUUCCAGUGUAGUAAAAUAUGGAGUAUUUUCAGAGCCAUGGGAAGAGCAGCUUAAAAACAAACAAAAGGCACCUUCUUCUGGCAGUGGAACAUUGGAUCUGUUCAGGCUCUGUCAUACACAGCCCUUCCUUGGCAGUUGAUUCCUGUCUUCCCAUAAGAGAGAUUUUCUUUCGUAUAUGCCUGUUGCAUACAAAUCACAGAACAUUCCAGGUUCAGUCUAAGAUUUGCAUCUGCUGGGAGAUAUUCCUUAUACUUGCUUUCUUUGAUGGGACAUUCUCUGUGGCUAUCUGAUGGAGACAUCUCCUUAUUUUUGAGAGCUUUACUUUGUAUGGUAUAAAGUAUAUCCUUUUCCUCUGAUAAUUCUCACAACUAUGCCAUAACUAGAUGUUGUUAAAGCAUUUCUGUUUUAAGUGAAGGACUGAAAAACCAAAGCAUAGAGGGUUUUGUUGGUGGAGGUACUGGUUUUAUCUUGUUUUUAGAGGCAGGGUCACAUUGUGUGUCCCUGGCUAGCCUAGAGCUCACUGUGUAGACCAGACUGGCUUUAAACUCACAGAGAUCUGUCUACCUCUGCCCCCAAGUGCUGGGAUUAAAGGCAUGCUCCACCAUGCCUGGCUUAGAGAGUUGAAGCUACAUAGAGUUAGAAUUUGUUCAUCAGUUUAGCUGCCCUCAGCCCCUAGUUCCUGCCAGCUGUUCAUUCCCUCAUCUUGUCAGAUGCUGUGGUUGUCCUUCCUGAGGUUCCUGAUGCUCAGCCUUGUUUUUAUUGCGCUGUCUCAUCCAUAUUGUUAGGCUCAGUUGGGAUCCUGUGGUCGUUGCUGGGCUGUGCUCUUCAAUGUUGCCUCUGUGCACCUCUAUGGCAUCAUUUCCUAUCCCUCACCUCAGGGUCUAAAACCCUCAUUGUGGUUCUCUGGUAAGCUGUUUGCUUCUCUCCUUUCAUCCUGAAGGCUCAGUUCUGAUUUGGUGUCUCUUCUAUUCUCUCAGCCUCUUCUGAAAGCUCUGUCUUCCCUCCCUGCACUUGCUUUAUUUCUCAUGUUCUGUAUGAAAAUAUCUCUAUUUCUCCCGAGACUAAGCUUCGCCCAGACUGGACUGGUGUUUUAUAAUUCAUGACUCCAGCAAUGUAAGUGUGAGCUUUGAGCCACAAUUUCUAAGACAUUUCAAAAUAAUUGUAUAAGGUGACAGUUGACCUCAGAUUGACAGCUAGAAGAGAAAAGAGGGGGAGUCAGUAGAUAUGACCCUUACGAUUGUUGAAUACAUGUUUUUGUACUGUUUGUUUAUUUACAAAGCUCACCUUGAUUGCCUAGACAUAGUAGAUGAGCAGUGACUUCUGUAAUUGAGCAUUUUUACCACAGCUUGAAUUUUUCUAGAUGAUAUAUUACUUGAGGUAAUCGUGUUUCAAAGUAGAAUUUAAUGAAUUUGAAAUAUUUUAUUUAGUAGUGUUUGUCUUAAGGGCUAAUGGAUUUUUUUCUUCUAAAUAAUCUGCCACUAGGGGCGCCCUCAAAUCUUUUGAGAAUUAGGUUUGUUUCAGCUUUAAUUAAAGAUAAAUUCAUAUUGAGUUUUGUUUAUUAAUACUAGGUUAUUAAGAAUGAAGCACUUUAAACAUGUAUGUACAGUUCUUGAUUUGUAUGCAACUCUUCAUUGCAUUAUAAUUUUGGUAAACUGUCAUUGAAUUCUCUUGAACAUUAAAAGUUGAAAAGUAUUUUCAACGUAUUUUUUAGAGUGCAAAAACGUUUAAAAGUACCAACUAUGCAGUUUAUUGUUAACAUGAAAAAUAGUGAUUAUUCAGUAAAUACUAUGUAGAGAAGACCUUUGUAUUUUAUGAAGCUGCAAAGGUCUUCAUGUGUAAUGAAUUGAGUCUUAGAAAUAGUGUGACUUUUUGAUUAAAGUCCUUUUUUGUCUCAAGAACUGGAAUGGAGGUAUUUUUUCUAAGAAUAUUCCCAGAUUGGUUGUUAAUUAUUUGAAAUUAGAAUACAUAUGGUAAAAUUUGUUCUAUUCAUACAAGUCUUGCACUUUAAGAAUUUUAAGUCCUUGAUGGCUUAUUUCCUAAGGCAAGAAAUUAAUUCCAAUGAAAAACUCAUUAAAAGCAGAUGUGUUUAGGGAGCAGCUGUGAUUGGGGCUUUAGUGGGGUCUGAAAGCAAAUCUUUCUCCCCUUGUUUCUCCUUCCUCCUUUUGUCUCGGCAAAUGAGUUUAUUGGUCUGAGUGGAGGCUGGUCUGAGUCUUGUUGCAUGCUGAGUGCUUUUGUGAGGCUCGAAUUGUACCUCUUCCGGGACCUCUUGAAUGAGAUUCACAGAGGUGGUGAUCAAUGCAAAAGCAAGAGGAGUUUAAUCAUUCCGACGUGUUGGGGUUCUCCCACUUCAGGACCAUCUCCUGAGCAGACUCACAACAGGGAGUUAUAAACCUUGAAAACAGUUGGGGCAGAAUUCAAACAGUGGUAACCGAGCAGGGCAGUAUGUGCAUUUGGUGGAGGGAAACAACUCAGUGUACUGUUCAAGACUUUCCCAAGGGGGUGGAGGGUGUCCAUUGAAAGCCACAGGUAGGUUUAUGUGACAGUUUGACUUGGAACUAAACUAGCUUUUUUCUUCCUGGAAGGUAGGGGUCCUUGUGCUCAGAGGUUUGUGGUGGAAAUUUUCCCACUGACCCCAGAUUGGCCCCAACUCUGGCCCUUUCACUUUGUCCAGCAACUUGAGUGUGGUCUGACACUAUUUUUGUGAGACUUUGUAUAAGCAUCUAUUCACUCCAGGUAGGGACCCAAAAGUAAAGUAGAUCAAAGUACAGUUUGGUGAACAGUGGGUUUAUUGGGGUUACUGACAGGAACAGAAGUGACUAAAAAGCAGAAACAUCACCAAAAGUCCUCCUUAGCUUGGGUGACCAUUCACAAAAGUUGGAAAUCCGGAGUAAACUGCACAACUUCUAGGUAGCUGAACAGGUUGGUGAAUAUCUCUUCUAGGCAGCUCAGGUGGUCUGUCCACUCUCGGCAGCUGGGGCUGAUCUGAGAGAACACUCUUCUCAGCAGUCCUCUCUGUUUAUAUAAGUUUAGGGGAGAGAGGAGCCUUAGUCAGGCUGGUCAGUUUCAGGAACUUACUGAAGUUAUUGGACUGUAUAUUUACUUCCUGGGUUUAAUGAGCUUCCUCCAAAAUAGGAUGUGUCUUCUGGCAAGAAAUAGCUGUACAGAACUGGCUCUCUGAGUAGACUCCAAAGGGCAAGAAACACAUACCAUUAUGGCUUUGAGGACCAAGUUCAACUGUCUGACUUUCCAUCCAGAAGAUGCCAUUUGAAUCGUUUGAUGAAGACUCUUUGGAAGCAAAAGAGCAGUUACAUAAGUUGUAGGUGGAUAGCUGCAUGCGUUACAAAAAGCACAUGGUUGAAAUUGCCAGGAUAAAGUUAGUACAGACCCAAAGUGUUCUCCACUACGUAGUAGAAACCACUGCCUGUUUUGUAGGCCCUGAAGGCAAGAACCCUGACUGACAUGCAUGUAGAGGACACUGGGACUGUUAGAGCUAAACCUGCCCUUUCUUAAAAAAAGGAAUUGGUGAGCAUGGCCUGAAGGCUGACUCCUUUUUUGUGUUUGCAAAGAUUUUUAGGGAUGGUGGACAAAACCUCGGCAGUUAGCAAUCUUGGAGAUAUAAUCCACCCACAAACCAACUUGACUCUAGGAAAGAUGUCCCUCACAUUCGGUCUGCGUUCCAUUUCCUCUAGUAGUACUCACACAAUUAAGAGACUCCUUGAGCCCAGAAGGAAAAAGCUGCCUUCUGAUGAAAUCUACGGAAGAGCUGCCUGUUUUUAUGUCCCAGAGCAGCACAGCCGUCUGAGUAUGAACUUGUCCCUAGUUUCUUGGCAGUGUCGUGACGCCAUCUGUGUUUCUAUACUGUGUGUUAAGUUGGGCUUUUAACGCUUUUGCCACUCCCCUUUUCUUUUUUGAAUUCAGUACAUAGUUUUGAUGGGAUGUGGUUUUCGAAACCCCUUUGGGGAGGCUGGUAUAUGAGUUACAUCUAGUUGUGCAGCUGAUUUUUUGUAGUUAUUACUGUCUUGCUAAUAGGGUUGACAAGAUCUCUUGCUUUCCCCAGAGGUCCUUCUCUUCACUUUCUAUAAUUCUGUCUUAGAGUUCCUAUUGCCAUGAAGAAAAACCACUAUCAAAGCAACUUGGGGAAGAAAGGGUUUAUUUAACUUACAAUUCCACAUCACUGUUCAUCAUCAUAGGAAGUUGGAACAGGAACUAAAGCAAGGCAGGAACCUGGAGGCAGGGGCAAUGGAGGCUGCUGUUUUCUGGCUUGCCCCUCAUGGCUUGCCCAGCCUGCUUUCUUAUAGAACCCAGGAUCACCAGCCCAGGGAUGGCACCACCCACAAUGGUCUGGGCCCUCCCCCAUAAAACACUGAUUAAGAAAAUGCUCUGGAGCCAGGUAUCUUGGGGACAUUUUCUCAGUGGAAGUUCCUUUCUUUCUAGCCUGUAUCAAGUUGACAUAAAACAAGUCGGCAGAAGAUUCUGUCUGUGUUUAGGUUUUAGUGUUUUACACUCACAGUGUCUGGUAAAUCACUGCUCUAAGCUGCACAGUAAGUCAGAUGUAAUAGUAGAGUAACGGUGCUAACAAAGAUGAAGAGUUCAGAUUAGAAGCAGAUGCCUCAUUGCCCACCAGGUCCCUCCCCAUCCCUUACCCCCAGCCAGAAAGAAAGAAUAGCAUCUGAGCAGAGACCUGUCAGAUCAAUCUAAGGACAAAUGGAGAUUAUGUCUGCUAAAAGAUGAAUAUUUUAAAACUCAGAAUCUCUUUUUUUUUCCUUUAGUGUGUAUAAUUUCAGAUGCUUUAAUGAGCUCUGUUUUUUAUCAGUAUUUUCCAGAUUUGGGUCAUGAUACUAGGGAAACCAUGUGUAGCUCAUUAACUAGGGAAAAGAAGAAUCAGAGAGUUGGGCUAGUUCUGUAGACAGCAUUUGCUUUGUCUCUCCUGCAGACCCCUGAGGUCACUCGGCCUUCACAGCAUCCACUCCCUGCCUUUGCAUUUAUUUGAUAGCCCUUUGGAUGCUAUGAAUAAAGUUUAAACCGUCUUAUUUGGAGCCACAGAUUAGUUAGCUGCUAAUCUGUGAAGUUUACCUUCUUAAAUAUGAAAAUAUUAGACUGGAUAUUUCCUGAAAACCAGUUUAUCUCCUGAAAACCAGUUGUACUGUAUUAAAAUUUAGAGAAUGUUGUUAUUGAAGCCAUAAUUGUGAUGGGUGAUACACAUGAGAGAUCACCCUGUGGCUGGCCUGUCAGCCUUUCAUGAGCCUUCAGAAAUUAAGGAGAGUGAGUAAGUUUGUUUUCUUGUAAGCUGUCACAUUCCUCUCAAAGUGUCAGCCUGAAUUGUACACAGAUAAAUGUUAGAAACAUUCACCUUCUCUAGCUGAUUUUUUUACUCUUACAUAAUUUAGUGAUUUAAUUUUUCUUUUUCCUCAAAGUUUAAUUUUUCUGUACUUGGAAACAUGCCUAAAGAAUAAGUUAACGUGAAAGAUCUUAGUAAUUUUGACUUACUUUUUAUUUUUGAAUAGGAACUUGUCUCCUGAAGAGACUUGUAAUAAAUAUGCUAGUGAAAUUUUCAGUAGGCUUAAGAUACAUUAUAGAAGACUGAGCCCCUAAACGGUUCAGCCACCUUUUAAGAGCCUACUGUAGUAAUUUUUCUAGGCGUAGAGACUAGACAGCAACAGAAAGGAGAAUGAGCUUUGUCAAAUAAUCUGAGAGAGACAGAUGGCUGUUAAAGUAUUCUUAUUAGCACUGUUACACAAGAACCUCACUGUUCCGGAAAUGGUGAAUCAGCCAUUCAUUUUGUCUUAAAGGAACUUCUAGUAAGCGAUAGGAAGGGAGCCCAUAAAUAAUAGCACGCAGCACAAAAUUUUAAGGCUCUCUCUCUCUUUUUUAAUCACAGAAAAAUUGUGUGAGAGAACUAGAAAGGAAAAAUGGAUGGACUUUGAAACAAUUAUUAUUUGAACAAGAUAGCAAGAAAAUUGUUCAGGAAUUAAGGAAAGACAAUACAGUCACGGAAGUAUAAGUAGGUGAUGUGGAAGACUGAAUACUUGAGCUGCUAAGUAUGUAAAAUGCACAGGAAAGUGGAUAUGUAUCUGUGUGGAUAUCAGCUUUUAUGAUAUGCUAAAUAAGACCAGAAAAGCAUCAAGGUCAAGGUAGACUAAAUAUUUUAAUAUUUAGGUAGGCAUCAAAAGCAUAAUUAUCUAAUAUCGAUAUUUAAUAUUAUUUAGAUGCAUAAAUAUCUUAAAUUACAGAGUUUGUACUGUAUUGAAAAGAUGAUGAAAAUCAUUGAAAGCUUUAGGGCAGAAGGGACACAUCAGGGUGUACUUGGGCAGAAACCAAAGGGAAUUGAGCAGCGGGACAUAGUUACAUCAUGUAGCGUUCCUGUUAGGAGUGGAUGAGGGCCUGAGUCAGAGGAGCUUAGUAGUUGAGGAAAGGAGGGAGAGAGGGAAGGAAGGAGAGAAAGGGAGGGAGGGAGAGAGCAAGAGAGAGAGAGAGAGAGAGCAAGCAUAUGAAUACCAGUGGUCCUGCUGGAUCAGUCAGUAGGACUCAGGUUUACUCAUGUGGAGAUAUUGUUUUUGCUUU